GCCUUUAUUCAGGUCUGCGCAAGGUUUGGGUCAGGGAAGGUUUCUGAUUGGAUAGGAGGCGGGCAGAUGUUACGUGUUUACGUUUACCGGAAGAAAACACUGUAGUCCUCGCUCCAGAUAACAAGAUGUUUGACGAUGCCGUUCUUAGUGCGUUUUUCGGGCGUGUUUUGCUUAUAUUCUUGAAGCAGCAGUACGACAAACAACCUUGUUCUGCUAAUGCUUCGUCUGUUGAGGAGGAGAAGGGAGGUAGAAGGUCGAAGAAGGGAGGUAGAAGACGGUGCUGUGGCGAAUGGAAACCGGCUCGUGUACGAGAGGUGCACAUUUUGGGGAGAGAAUCCGGGAGGAACCUCCAGUUUCCUCUACAGCCUCCUCGGUAACAUGUGCAGCACAGUUGGAGCCAUUCUUUCCAGACAGCUGCAAAUUCAAGUUCUGUUGGGUGCUUUUGCUGCUGCCCUGGAUGCUGUCACUUUCAUGUCAUGCUGCUGCCAUGUGCUGCUGUGCUGGAACUCAAAGGCAGAAAGGAGGCUGAGGAUGAGGAGGGGGCGGAGGAGACAGCACCUCCUUGCAAUAUGUGUACUGAUGGUGGUUGCAGGAGGGUUUCUGAAGUCAAAGGUGGCCCAACAACCAGCGGACAGGCCUCUCAUUGGGAGGAGGCUGCAGCAUUUCACUCUUCAAGACAACACUGAAAUCCUGGGUUACAUACUUGGCCUGCUGUCCUUUGUCAUCGCCUGCACCUCCAGGUUCCCUGCACUCUGCAGAGCAUAUAGAGGACAGAUGUUGACCUGGGCCUACGUGAUCUCUGGACUGCUGUGCUCACUGGCUGGUGCCCUCUAUGCUGCUGCCAUACUCCUCUACGACACUCAGUUUGGGUUUCUUUUAAGAGUCAUGCCGUGGUUGCUGUCAGCAAUAUGCUGCAUCGCCCUGGACCUUCUUAUUCUUGUCAUUCAUUUGUGCAAGAGAGGAACAAGACAGCAGCUCACCAGUUUAUCUCCAGACACAGAGAGCCUUUUAGGUGGCUCAGGCACUGAGGAUAACGCUGUCAUGAAGAGACAGAGGAAACAGCAAGUUCAGUCAAGUUCAGCACAAACAAAAGUCCAGAAGAUGACAGAGAUGGGACGCUACAUGGACGUCAGUGCUCAACCUGCAAGAAAAAUAUUUCUUAAGGAGGUGAUGCUGUCCAAGGAGAAAACGGAGGACCGGCCUCUCAACAGGGUGAUGCGAGUGAUCAGAGUCAACAGUUUCUGCUCCUCAGAUACGUCCUGUGAAUCUUCGCCGGCGAGCUCUGAUCUGGAGUGGGAUUUUGAAGAGGCAAGUGCAGGGUGGAGUGACCCGAAAGCAAAGCAACAGAAGAGGGACGAGUUUCCACCUCAAGAAGUGCCAGCAAACCCAAGACCCUUCAACAUGUGCACCUGUGUCAUGUUCAGACCCCCACAGAAAGCUCUGUCAUGCACCAAAGAGGGUGAGACCAUCACUGCGGCAAGUCUGGCAGAAUGACAAAGGAAUGCCAUUCUCAAUUAGUAAUGUGAUACACAUCUGGUGCAUUAAUUGGAGGGGAAAUAAAACGU